AUGCCACUAUUUGCCAAGAAAGUUCCCAAGCCCACAAUACCAGCCGAUUCGGUAUUUCACGACAACAACAAUGGUCUAAUGUCAAAUGGUAAAGUACCCCCCAGCCAGCAGCAACAACAACAGAAUGGCAAUUACACUCAAAGGACACCAUCGAUAAGUGAAUCAAAUGUUCAAAAACCCCAAUUAGUAUUCCAUUGCCAGCUGGCCCAUGGCAGUCCCACUGGCCUAAUUACCGGCUUUGCCAGUGUACGAGAAUUGUAUAAGAAAAUUGCCGAAUGUUAUGAUAUACCAGCUGAGGAGAUCUUGUUCUGCACCCUCAACUCCCACAAGGUGGAUAUGACCAAACUGCUGGGUGGUCAAAUUGGUUUGGAUGAUUUCAUAUUUGCCCAUCGAAAAGGCCAGCCAAAGGAAAUUGAAAUUGUCAAAUCGGAAGAUGCCUUGGGCCUGACCAUUACCGAUAAUGGUGCCGGUUUUGCAUUUAUCAAACGGAUCAAAGAGGGAUCCAUUAUUGAUCGCAUCGAACACAUUUUAGUGGGAGAUCACAUCGAGAAAUUGAACGGGGAGAGUAUG